CGGCGCGUUUCCAUCAUGGCCGCCCGGCAGCGGCGGUGGCGGGGGGCGGCGGGCCGGCUCCUCGGCCUGCUGUGGCUGGCCUGUGUCACGGCGCGGGCCGCCGAGCCGCCGCCGCCCAAGUGCGACGAGCUGAGGAUGGGGCAAUAUAUCUGCGAAGAUCCCAAAAUAGACAGCGGCACGCAGGAGCCCACGAACUGCACGAACCACACGGCUUACGUUCAGUGUCUUCCAGCACCAAAUAUUACUUGUAAGGAUCACAGUGGCAUAGAAAAAAUCUUUACUGGAAAGGAAGUUGGAUUUUACAAGCCUAUUGAAUGCCGUAAUGUAAAUGGAUACUCGUAUAAAGUGGCAGUUGCUCUGUCUUUAUUUCUUGGAUGGCUGGGAGCAGACAGAUUUUAUCUAGGCUAUCCUGCUUUAGGUUUGCUAAAGUUUUGCACUGUAGGUUUUUGUGGAAUUGGAAGCCUAAUUGAUUUCAUUCUUAUUUCCAUGCAGAUUGUUGGACCUUCUGAUGGCUCUAGUUAUAUUAUAGAUUACUAUGGAGCACGGCUUACCAGGCUGAGUAUUAUCAAUGGAACCUUCAGAAAAAUGCAGACAUAUCCCUAAGCCUGGCAAAUUCACUUCAAAUCCCCUAUGUUGACUGAGGAAAGAGUCCUGAAAACCUGUAAUGGGAGGCCACUGUCUGCUAAGGAACUGACUGACUGUCCCAUAGCCCAAAGGGAACAGGACUGCUAGACCCUGUGGACUGCAUGGGGAAACAAUACGUGUCUGCGGAAAAGGGGGAGCCCUUAUUAUAGGGCUACCAUUCCAUGACAUGUCAUCCACUGUGGCUGUAUUAAGAGGACAAUGUGUGCCACUUCUAAGUUAUUUUGUUACGUGAUUAGAAGCAAUGAAUGCCAUGGUAACAAGCACUGUUGCUGGUAUCUGAUACACUAUUGUGAAUUUAAAAGCAUGUUGGUAAUCUCAAAAUGUUAGGAGCUAAGUGGGAGUUGAGGAGAGAAGUGGCUUACUUGACAUUCACAGUCUUCCUCCUUAGCUCUUAAGCUAGAGUAGGAACAGAAUCAGAACAAAAAAAUGUUUGUUUAACAGCUGUACAAAGUUACAGCUUGGACUCCGUCUCCCCCUCUCUCCUCCCCCCUCCCACUUGCAUCAAGUACAUCCUGUACUUUUGGCAACAUGUUGACUGGAUAUUUAAAAGCUGUGAACUGUUCUGAAAGUUUCACAUACUGGGUUAUGGGCCAUGUGUGUUUGAUCAAAAUUCAAUUACUGCACUGUACCAUGCUUGGAAACCUAUCAUCCCAAGUUAUGAAGUAUGACGAAAUAGGCUAAUCUAAUUGGUUCAGUAUGGGAGCAGUAUCAACCAAGCUUGUUAUGAUAAAUAGCUUCCUGUGUUAAAGGUUCUCUAGAGCUUAAGUAUCUUGGCUCACCUCCUUCUACAAAAUAAGAAUAUUGUUCCCUGGGAACAGUUACAUCACUGUCCCUCUUCUACAUUCAGAAUGAAAGGUUUGUAGAAUUUUUUCUCUCUUGCUACUUCUUGAAAAGCAGCGUGGACAUCUACCCUGUUUUCCAGUUCUGCCUUCUUCCCACCUCCAGAGUUCAAUCAUCUUGCACUAACCAUGUCUCUUGGAGUUCUUUUUAAGCUGUUUAAGAUGAGCUUGGGGAGAACGUUAAAUUUGUCUUCAGCUCUAUUUUGGGGGGCUUGUGUGUGCAUUAAGUUAAAUGGGGAAACAUUUUAGUUUUUCCAAGCGCCUAAAUAAAUUACCUUGUUACACUGAAUUGCAUAUCUAUGGUUAUGUCGCUAUCUACUUGGCAUUUUUAUUGCAGCAUUCAUUUAAAGUAAGCCCAUUGUGCAAGUGCUGAAAUAAGAGUAGGGAUGGACUAGUGUUCAGAGUCUGGACAUGUGGUUGCUAAAUGUGUCACUCAGCCAACAAACUUUGUCCCAUGGGAUGAUACUGGCUCCAUGGUUUUAGCAGGCCCAUCUUUGGUGAUAACUGCUUGUCUGUGAUUUUGAUGUCACCAUAAUAGACAGCAGCCAGGGUCAGAAGAUUGAAAAGUAGAUCUUUGGCCACCUACAUGUUUUUGGGAUACAAGAGGAUGAUUUAUAAUUCUCAAGUGUCCUCCAGGGCAAAAUAAUUCUGCAGUGGCCAUUUUAGCUUAGGCAUAAUAUAGGCCAGCUCUUGUAAGCACGUGUAGUAAAGUAACUUUAGUGGGAUUUUUCUCAGGAGUAAAGCUACUCACAUGCAAAAGUGCUGGUAGGGGCCAAGUCUUCUUAAAACCUGAUUAUGUCUGCCUAGUGAUUAAUGUCCACUUACUGCAUUUCUUAAGGUUUUGGGUUUUUUAAAGAUUUGCUUUCAUUUCAGUUCACCAUUAUUUAAUCUUAUGCUUACAAAUAAAUAUAGUGCUGAAGUGUGGCUUUCUAACUAGAGCAAGAGCUACUGUAAAUAAUGGCAUUUAAUUCUGAAAAGCAGCAGCUUCAGUUACUAUUUGGUCAAUUGACUAAGUGCCACAAAACAAAAUUGGGCAGUGCAGAAUUCUCCAUAACAGACACCUAUGUCCACAGAAAGUCGUAACUACGCUUUCCUUCUGCUGCCAUAUACUUUGAAACCCAGUUUUUAUAAAUUAUUUUAAAAUGUUUGUUUUGAUUAUAUCUUCUUUAAAAAUAUGGUUAGUUUAAAAAUCAUCUCUAAAUGCGAUUUCCCGAAAUCUCUGAGGAGAAUAAUCCAGUUUCUUUUUCCAUAAAAAUCCCACAAGAAGUGCUCACAAGAUAUAGUAGCUUUACCUUCAAAAAUAGAAUGUGACUGUAGGCACUUAUGUUAAUCUCUUUUUUGGCAAAUCAGCUUUUUUUGUAUUGAAUCUUACUUGAUUGAAUAGCACUGGAGCUGCCAGAGUAAAUGCUAUUAUCAAUGUACAGUAAUUAAGGAAAUAGUCCUUGUCACUCUAACAGUGUCCAGGCUGCGCCUACCGUAAUAAAGUUAAAUGAUAAAGAAAUCUCUUUAAAGUGUAUCUACUGAAGUGUGGUUACUUUAGACAUGCAGUGAAACAAUGCAGAAGAGAAUUAUAGGUGAUGAGGAAAUAUAUGAUCUGCAUAUUAAUAUCUAAAAGCAUUCUGAACCAGUACACAUUAUUACAUGAUGACAAAUUUAAACAAUUAAUAUGCUGACUCAAAAUCAAUUGAGCAACUAUGAAUUACUUCCACAAGAAAAGAAUGAUCUUAGUGUCAUUCAGAAAUCCCGAAGACUGUUUUACUUCAGGCAAAAACCUGUGCGCAAAUGGUAAAUUAUGCCACGUAUCAAUAAGAUCAGCUGACUCGUGAACCAAGUUGGGGAAGUGAACUUCAGUAUAGAUAACUUGUUCCAGAUAACUUGCCCCAACUUCUCUCCCAUUUCACAUGGUAACUCAGGAGCAGUCCCCUGUGAAGGUAGAAACAAUGUAGGAUUUUCCCUAUAAACCAGCAACUUAAAUUGUAUCCAGAAACAGCUGUGGUACAUUAGUCUCAUUUUUGCAGUGAAAAGUGUCACUUUAUAAGCACGCAGCCCUACUCUGUGCAACCUGACGUUUCGAAGUGCUUUUCAGCUGUAACCCUCGUAAGCUAUUCUGCAGGUGAUAUAGGGAUGACUAAGCUAUACUGGAGGUGAGGGAGGCAUGAGUAACUGCUGAGGUUUGUAUUUAAGAGCAAAGAUCACAAUCUUUUGCAAAGCAGAUUGAGAUAAAUGCAAGAAGAAUUGUUUAGUGGGGAAUAGCAAGGAAAUUAACCUAUUUUGAUCAAGCAGUAUUCUGGGAAACAUUAUCCAGGGUAUAAACAUAUGCAUUCCCGAAGUAAAUUAGACCUAUGGAAUGAGCUUAGAAAUGGAUAUAAUGGGGAAAGGGAAUAGGUCACAACUGCAAACUAGAGUCCAUAGUGUAGCUCUUGGAGUAGAACAGCAGCACCUAAAGUGGUGAGUACAGUUGCCAAAUCUCAUGAAAGUGUUGUCUUUGUAUUUCUCUACCUUGUACCUAUAAAAUGGGUGUGAUAAAGUUUUUGUAUUUGAUUAAAAGAAACUCAACAGGU